AUGCCGAAGUCCAAACGCAAUAAAGUUGGUAAGUGUUCGAAUGGGGUAUCCUCAGUUUUCUCCCCGUGCUCCUCCCUCGUGGACGCGGAUUUGAGGUUUUUGGUUUUUCUCCUUCGCCCAAAGUACUGAAAAUAGGUCGCUAUCUGGAGAGUAAGUAUUAUGUGCGACUGCAUGAUGGUGAGCUAAAACGUCUACGGAGGAAGAAGAGCAUGCUGUGGUUCAUCUUUUUUUAACAUCCCUGCUCGGAGAAUGAUAUUUAUGUAGUCUCGGUCCUUCCAACGCAGUUACCUUGUCGAAGACCAAGAAAAAGGGGAGGGAGCACAAGGAAUCCUUUGUGAAUUCCAUAAGGCAGGCGUUGGAUGAAUACAGCGCUGUCUAUGCGUUCGCUUUCGAAAAUAUGAGAAAUCUGAAGUUUAAGGAGUUCAGAGAGCAGCUGAAGUCUAGCAGCAGGUAUUGACGUAUUUUGUUUACUCCAUUCAUCCGGACUUUCUCAGCGGUUUGGUUAUCGUCUGAUACUCGAGGGUAAAUCACUGGACAUGCUACCGUGUACUUUUCUUCAUUUUAAGUAGAGAAGAUCGAUAGAGAAAAUUGUAGUAGUUAAGGUCGGUGCCCGCCAAAUACUGCAGACGACGUUUAGUCGAUUUAUUUUAACAACUCGAUAUCAUAUUUGAUUCUGUUAUUGAACGUUUACCAUCUAUUCAUUAAUCUUAUGUGUCUCUCAUGGCUUCUUGGUUGCCAUUUUCUUUUCGUUUUUAUACAAGUCUUAAUGUUCAUUUUUUUACGCUUGUAGAUUUUUUCUUGGGUCAAAUAAAGUCAUGCAAAUUUCUUUAGGACGAUCAGCAUCUGAUGAAGGGAAGCCGUACGUACAUAAAGUUGCCAAGGUUGCCAUACCUUCAUGUACAGUGCGAAUCGUUGACUUUUACAGUUGCUUGUACUGAUUCUGAAAUCAAUUUCAGUUUCUGCGUGGGAACACUGGACUUUUCUUCACCAAUUUAUCAAAAGAGGAAGUUAUCAGGUAUCACGUGGGUCCUUGUUCAUAAUGUAUUAGGCUAUUUAUAUAUUCAUUUAUAUUUCAAAGCCUAUGAUAUCACAGCUUAUGCCUUUUCAAUGUUGUACUUGAUAAUAUUUUUACGUUAAAUAUCUCUUGAUGUUGGUAUUUGAUGCAAAUUCAUAUGGAUAUUCUGGAUGAUUACACCUGCGUCUGUGGAUUUAUAAUCACGUUUUUUUAAUCAGUAGAUAAAUAAAUGAUCGAAUGUGUUGCAUCAUGAAUACGGAAAUGAUGUGCGAUAAGGAGAAAAAAGAAAAGGAAAAUUAGAAUCGAGAAAUUCCCCACUGGAUUUAAGGGGAAAGCUUAAGCAUUAUCUUACUCUCUACAUCACAGCCCCUCCUAAAUGAAGAACUUUCUUCUACUUUUCAAGACUCUAGGCCAUAUUCUAUCUGCAUUUCUUUCUUUUUUAUAGACCAUAGCCAACCUCUCUUUUCAGCUUUGAUGGUCUAGGUGCUUCUCUGAUAGAUGAACAGUAUAUGCUCUUAUUAUACGAUUAGAUUACGUAGCAAAAGAUGCAUUAUCGCCAUUUUUAAUGGAAUUUGCCAUGCUCAAAACAUUCCCUUUGAGUUUUCUUCGCACAUCAAGCAUUCAUGAUCUGCUCAAUGUUGAUAGAAACAAGAUUGCAUAAUCCAGUGUCUAACACAAUUUGGACUGGAUCUACCAAAUCCUGUGAUUCAAAACGGGGAGAUCGUCUCUAUUAAAAAUGUAAUUCUGAUUAAUUCAAAGUACAUAAUUAUUUUUUGUCAUUCAUGGUGCUGGGAUUUUGUAGAAGCUAUGCUUGCCACUCUUUAAAGUUGCCCUUAUAAAGCUUCUUUCUUCUUGCAGUUUGUUUAAAGCAUUUGAAGAGCAUGACUUUGCAAGAACAGGAAGCAUUGCGACUGAAAAGGUUUGAUUAUAGUUUUGUGGAUUUGACCUCCAGCAGUGAUCUUUCCGGUUGUUUUCUGUAUUUAGGAACACUACAUCAAUAAACAUCCAUGUUUUUAGUUUACAUUUUGGAGUUUAAUCUAUAAGUUACAUAUUAUUAACGCUAAUUGAAGUAUACUGUAGGUAUGCAGGUGAUUGUAUGCCCACGUUUGUUCUGCUGAUAAUGUCUUCUCUUUGGAAAAUGUGUAAAACCAUAACCAAUCUUCCAUACGGAAGGCAUGUGGGUAUGCUAGUGAAGAGUCAUUUUGAGAUGCUUAUGUUCCGUUCUGGCAGGUGGAGCUGAAAGAAGGUCCUUUAGAACAGUUCACACACGAGAUGGAGCCUUUAUUACGCAAACAGGGGAUGCCUGUUCGAUUGAACAAAGGUUCAUAGUUGCUGCUUCUAUUUCACCUUCUUCACUUAUUAAGAACCAAGUUUGUUUGCGCACCCUUCUUAUUGGCUCCCUGCUCUCUCUCUCUCUCUCUCUCUCUCUCUCUCUAGGGGUUGUGGAGCUGGUCUCUGAUUUUGUUGUCUGCGAAGAAGGAAAGCCAUUGUCACCUGAGUCAAGUCGCAUUUUGGUAUGCUUUUCCUGCCACUUUCAUACAGAGCUUUAAAUAUAUUGGAAUGUUUUGUGCUGUAGACUUGUCUUGUCUCUCCAUGGUUCCCCCUGGCAAAGUGAUCAAAUCUAAUUGGGCAUGCUGUGGCAUGUUUCUCCGUUGAAAAAUACAUGGUAUCUUAAUGACCCUACCGUAUGUUCUCAUCUUUCUCUUACUCUUUCAGCGUUUGCUGGGGGUCAAAAUGGCCACGUUCCGCCUUCACCUCCUGUGCAGAUGGAGCACCGAGGACUUUGAAGCGUACAGAGAAGCUCUCGACCUCUCAGACGACGAGUCUACAUAG